CUCCCACAAUGCUCGCGCGCCCCAUAACUCUGCUGCUGCAGCCUGAGGAGCGCGAGACACUCAGGCCCCGAAAAAAGAAAAAUUAGAGAAAAAAUUUUGAAAAAAUAAUAAAACAACAGAUCAAGAGGAGAAAGACUGGGGACGGUGGCGUGGGGCUCCCACGGGUGAAGAUAAUGAUGAGCAGUACUGUUUCCCACUGGGCCCCAGUCAUGGCAGGUGGAACUGGAUGAGAGCGUGAAGAUAGCAGAAAGUUUUGGAGCCGGCAUCCCCUUAAACGUCGCCGCAAUAUUGAACCAGAGCCUGGAAGUCAAGGCAGCCACGGCCGAGUUUCAAUGGCAACGGCACCCUAGGGCUGCCAUGGCAGCAGCUGCCGCCGAUGCCUCACACCAUAUUGCAACACUGACGCUGGAGGACGAGGAACGACGAGGCGCCACCAAAGUGUUUGGAGGUCCCGCUGCAGGGAGGACAGAAAGAGAGACAGAGAACGAGAAAGAGGGGGAGAGGGAAGGGAGAGGCAGUGGGAACGAGUGUUUGGUGUGCGGUGCCCUCUUCAGCUCACAGGACAAGCUCCGGCUCCACGCGUUCUGUCACACAGGAGAGAAACCUUUCCACUGUUCCCAGCCCCAUUGCCCUAAGGCUUUCAGCUCCAAAUAUAAGCUCUUUAGGCAUAUGGCCACACACUCCCCACAGAAGACUCAUCAGUGCUCAUUCUGUGAAAAGAUGUUUCACCGCAAAGAUCACCUGAAAAACCAUCUGCAGACUCACGACCCCAACAAAGAGGCCUUUAAGUGCGAGGAGUGUGGCAAACACUAUAACACAAAGCUGGGCUAUAAGCGCCACAUGGCCAUGCACUCAGCCACAGCCGGUGAUCUUACCUGUAAGGUGUGCUUACAAAGCUACGAGAGCACGCCUGCACUCUUGGAGCACCUCAAGAGCCACUCAGGCAAGUCUUCAGGUGGUGCCAAGGAGAAGAAACACCCCUGUGACCACUGUGAUCGUCGCUUUUACACAAGAAAGGAUGUUCGCCGACACAUGGUGGUUCACACAGGACGCAAAGACUUCCUGUGCCAGUACUGUGCCCAACGUUUCGGGCGGAAAGACCAUCUGACGCGGCAUGUCAAGAAGAGCCACUCGCAGGAGUUGCUGAAGAUUAAGACAGAGUCUCCAGAUAUGUUGGGUUUACUUGGGUCUGGUUCUCCACCUUGUGCUGUGAAAGAAGAGAUAAGUCCUAUGAUGUGUAGCAUGGGACCUACCAAGGACUCGAUGAUGGCAAAGCCUUUCCAUGGUGCCACCCCUUUUCCCAUGGGCAUGUACAACCCUCAUCAUCUCCAGGCCAUGUCCAAUCCGGGUGUGGGCCACCAUCAUUCACUGGUUCCAGGGUCUUUAUCCACUGCCAUGGGGAUGGGUUGCCAUGUGGAGUCCCCAUCAUCACUGCACCACCACCAUCCACAUCAUUAUCACCACCAUCACCACCCUCACCAUCAUCACCACUCCCCAUCUCCACACCAGCAGCAACCUCCCCUGCAAAACCAGCAACAGCAGCACCCUCAGCCACCGCCCAAGUACCAGCUCGGAUCUACCUCAUACCUGCUGGAGAAGCCCCUAAAGGUGGAGAUGGAGAGUUUCCUGAUGGAUCUACAGAGUGGACUCCAGGUUCCUCCGCCACCCUCAACCGACCCCCACUCAGCAGCUUUGCCCAAUAAGGAGGGUAUGGAACCUCCGGCGGGACUGUCGGAUGACCUUUGCGGGGACCCCCUCAUGUCCAAGAGCCCCGCUGUCAUCGCUGAGUCUUUGUGUGCUGCUAACAUGGACUUUUCUCAUCUGCUGAGCUUUGUUCCACUCAGUCUGCAACCCUAUGGUGCCCCCAUGAGUUCAGGAGGACUGGUCAUGGGUUACUCCACAUCCUCCACCGUUUCUUCCUCUUCUUCCUCAUCAUUGUCAGCAUCUUCGCAUGCUGCUGAACCACAUGCUGCCACAGCCACAGCUGCAGUGCCUCUUACCUCUUUGCAACCUCAACCUCAGGAGCAACCAGGCUCCGGUGGGGGUCUCGGUCUUGGGUCUCUGCACCCAUUCCCACCAGUGUUCAGCUCUAGCCUCAGUUCGACCACUCUGCCUCGCUUUCACCAGGCCUUUCAAUGAGGUCCCCACCCCAACCUGGCCUGCCACAGGGGCUCAGGGCAGAGGAGCAUUAGUGCUCCCCCUAGGGGUGGGGAGGUAGAACAUUUGAACAAAUAGAAGCCUUAACAAAAGCGCACAACAGCUUUGUAAUGAGCUUGGAGGAAAACAAGCAUAUGAAAUAUCAUGGAGCUUUUAUUUAGGCUGUCUGAAUAUUAGUUAUGAUUUUUUAAUACCCUUUUGAACCUCUCCCACCAUCCCCUCUCCUACAAUUUUGUAGUUAGACAGCAGCAUCAUAGGCCAUAAGGCAUGAUACUGCAUACUUUAUAAAAUAAUAAUAUCAGUAGAAAAAGGAAAAGAAUAAUGUAGAAAAGAUAAUCUGUCUUUGAGACUGAAAGACUAGUUUGAAGUGAUAUAUGAAUUUCGUUUUCUUUUCCAAAUGUAAGUCCUGACUUUGCUAUAUUGUCUCUAUUCUAUUAAGAUUAUAAGUCAGGUAAUAUCUGGUUGCCCUUAAACUAAAACCGUCUUCAUGGCCAGGAGUGGAAGAAUUAGUGAAGGAAUGAAGGAGUGAAAUUGGUUAUUCCAAAUGUUUAUGUUUAUUACUUCAUAUCUGGAUCGGUCAAAUCAUUAUUAUUACAGAUUCACAUAUGAAUUUCAAAAGCAGUUUAAAAACUAACACCGUGCACCUGAUUAGAUAAAAUAUCACGUUCUACCAGUGUUUUUGUGUUGAUAAUACAAAUGUACACUUGUUGGAAUGGUCAGUAUCUAGUUUUUAUGUGAAAGAAGCAGAGGGACUGAACAUAGAAAGGCAAAGAGGGUAAAAAAAAAAAAACAAUUUGUUAAUUUGGUACAAUGUGAUCACAGACAGAACUAAAGCAAAAAAAAAUUACGUUAUCUUACAGGUUUACAAUUUUUUUCAAAAGAAGCACUUUGUUUACAGCAGAAGGCACUUGACCUCUUUGGGUUGCCAAGGUGACCCACUGAAAUCCUCCCUUUUCCCACUCUACCUUCACACUUGCUGAAAAGAGACUGCCAUUAGACACACACACAAAGUUCAAACAACCCAAGUACCUUUGAAUACUCCACAGCAAUCCGAGUCUCAAGAUGCUUUUUCUCCUUCCAGCACUAAUUUUAAGUCUCCGUGGCAACAAUAUCCCACAAGAUCAUGAUAUAAAUAUAUGUAUUUUAAGAAUAAAAAAGUAUUUUAGGUAGGUUUCUAUUUUAGAGAGAUACAUUGUAAUGAUAACCCUGGUAUAUGUGAAUGGAAAAAAGACUAAACAAAAACAAGAAUUUUUUUUUUUCUUUGCAGUGUACGAAGUACCACAUCAAAAAUAUAUAUUAUAAUUGCUUCUUUUUAAGUACAUUUUGUAAUUUAGAUAGUUAUAUUAAAACAUUGCUGAUGGAUUUAAAAAAGAAAAAAUGUCUAGCAAGUUUACAGAAUUAUGUAUCUUGCAUCUUAUUGAACAAAAUGGAUGAAGUAUUAGCUUUUCCCUAUAGCUUUUCCCAUUCUUUGUUUUUCCAUGUGAGUCAAAGGAGAAGAAUAAGAUGAGAUUUUACCUGCAUAUACUAGACUAAUAGUGGCAUAAUCCAUUAGAAUGGACUAGUCUUUAAUCUUUAGAGCAUGAACUAGAUACCCGUAAUGUGAUCCAGGUUUCAGUUCGUGUAUUUUGUUCUCAGUAUUCGAUCAGACCUGACUCAUGCUGUCUAUUUGUGUGUACAGUUUUUAACCUCCACGAUCAUAUACACCGUCGCACUGAAAUGUCUGAAACCGCAGUUCCAGUUGCUGUAGGUUCAGAUUAAUAUUACGAAAACCGGAAAUUUGAGGGGUUUUGUCAUACAGUCUCUUACAAGUUUCCAUUUCCCAGCAAGUGGACUGCACAAAUUCUUACCAAAUAAUCAUUCAUUACCAAGGGCCAUGUGAGGAAGAGUUGUGUGCAAAGAAACAGAUGAUGAUCAACGUACCAGCAGUGAAAGCAGUGCCUCAUACAAACAGAUGUAUUUCUCUCUCUCUCUCUCUCUCUCUCUUCACCUCAUCCCUUUAGCUAAAUCUGUUCUAAGUCCACAUCUGUGUUUAUAGUGAAUGUGAAUAUCUCACAAGCAGGAAAGACCAUAGAAAGGUAAAAGGCCACAUCGCAAAAAACUAAGACAAAACAAUAUUAUGCUGCUCUUUGUGCUGUGGUUGCCAGCAACCAUAGACCACUCUGGAAACAUUUUAACCUGCAAAUGAUCUUUUAGCAGAAAACAUGCACAGUACACGUGAACUGUUUGUCCGUUUUCUCUGUUCUUCAGCUGCUUUGAUUGGAAUGAACAUUUUAUGAAAAGGGUCUGAAAAGAGACAAAGAAGUCACCAGCACCUGGUCUUUGACAUUCAAAGCAUGGGACAUUUGAUUGGGAUAAUGCCUAGUCGUUUUGUCAUUAUAUUAUUUUCUGUUUGUUGAAACAGGACCUCAAAACAACACAACGCAUCACCUCAUUUAUUUGUUUUUUUGUUUAUUCUUUUCAUAUCAAAAACCUGGGGAGAAGAAGCUUCUUUUUGCACAAUUGCUAUCUAAAGAAUAAUCAAGUUUUUGUUAGAAAUAAUUGUUUCAU